AUGUUGUGGAGAACAUUGUGUGAGGAUACGGCUGCGUAUGAAUUUCCUGUCCUAGCUCAAAAUUACUUUGAAAAGUUAGUGCUCAUCUGGAAAACGCAAUCGCAAUCAGUGAAUCGUCGUCUGGUUGGCUCGGUCCCAGUAGGAAUGGAUGCUGAAGAAUACAAUGCCAUUAUCCAGAACGCCGCCAAGAUAGCUGACUGCUAUGUAGGGCAGGAAUGUGAGGUCCGCAGGUUUGUUGCGAAGGAUGCUUCGUUCUCUAAUUCGACUUACGAAGUCUCUUUUGCUGAAGACGAGUUAAGUGUCGUAUUUGUUCCGGUUCAACUAGAUCAGAAGAAUGAAAAAUCUGUUCAUAUUUCAUUCCCUUAUAAAUUAAGCUGCGUGCAAUCGUCUGAUUCGAGUCUGCGGCUCACACUUGCUGUACCAAUGAGUAUCUCAGACUGUGACUGUCGAUGGCUACUCAAUAAUAUGUUUCCUGCUCUCUUUAAAUGGCUUAGAUUUAUCGAUCCAAAUAGGGUCGUACGUAAAACGAACGCCUUGUUAGAUAUAGAGAACUAUAAUAUUCGCUACAGGAAGAUAAAAGAAAAUUAUGGACGGCAGCUUGUAGAGACCUGGACCGAAAGAACAGAUCCGAAGAAAUUUGUUUAUGAAGACUGCGGUAUAGCUGCCUACCUCCUGGAAUUUUGGAGAAAACGUGGUCGCACACCUAAAAAAUUUGCGGAUUUAGGUUGUGGAAAUGGAUUAUUGGUGUAUUUGUUGAACAAGGAAGGCAUAGAUGGAGUCGGUAUCGAUAUACGAAAACGGAAAAUAUGGUCGGAACAGCUGGCUGGCACUUCUCUUAUUGAGGCAGUUGUUGAUCCGUCUAAGAAAGACACUGCAAUACCUAAUGAUGUGGACUACUUGAUUGGCAAUCACACAGAUGAGCUGACACCUUGGAUGCCUGUCAUGGCUGCUAGAAUGAAUUGCGACUUUUUUGUGCUACCCUGUUGUCCUUUCAACUUUAAUGGCAAGUACGUGGCAAGGCCAGGUGACAGUGGUAGUCAAUAUGAUUCAUUCCUCAGAUUUGUUCGAGAGGUUUGCGCACGUCUGGGAUUUAUUGUCGAGGAAGAUCGUCUGAGCAUUCCCAGUACCAAAAGGUUAUGUUACGUUUGCACUAUCCCACCUCAAGGACUUGUUCCUAAUGUAGAGGAUAUUAUUGAGGAAUUAACUGGCUCUUCUACGAAAGUUUUCCUCCCUAGAAGUAAGGUGGAGCAGGUGCGUAACUGCUUAAAUGUUCCAAAAGAUGUUCGGCUAGACUUGACAAAGCGGUUUUUCUUUAAGCUCUUAGAGAUGAACGACGAAGUACAAAACGGCUGGCGACGAGGUGGAACUAUUGAACUUGGCAAACUAGCUGUGCUUUUGACGCCAGAGGAAAAACAACUAAUGAAGCAACAGUGUGGAGGAUUGCAAACUUUUCUGAGGAAUCAACACCAAGUGUUCAAGGUUUGCGCACGUCUGGGAUUUAUUGUCGAGGAAGAUCGUCUGAGCAUUCCCAGUACCAAAAGGUUAUGUUACGUUUGCACUAUCCCACCUCAAGGACUUGUUCCUAAUGUAGAGGAUAUUAUUGAGGAAUUAACUGGCUCUUCUACGAAAGUUUUCCUCCCUAGAAGUAAGGUGGAGCAGGUGCGUAACUGCUUAAAUGUUCCAAAAGAUGUUCGGCUAGACUUGACAAAGCGGUUUUUCUUUAAGCUCUUAGAGAUGAACGACGAAGUACAAAACGGCUGGCGACGAGGUGGAACUAUUGAACUUGGCAAACUAGCUGUGCUUUUGACGCCAGAGGAAAAACAACUAAUGAAGCAACAGUGUGGAGGAUUGCAAACUUUUCUGAGGAAUCAACACCAAGUGUUCAAGGUCACAGGUGGCAUGGCACAAAUUCGUGAUUGGCGAGAAGACGCAUCGCGCAAAUUCAGAAAAUCGAAAGGUGCUUCUGCUCGUAACGGUAUUUCUCCUUGUUGGAUGGCAGAAUAUCAUCCUGAUGGAUGUCCAAUGAAGGAUAUGCUCAACAUGAGCGAAUUAGUAGAAAAUGUUUUGUAUUUAGCCGACUCGUACAAGCUAACUCACCACAAUCAGUAUCCCGAGGGGACCACUCAUGUCUACUCAUAUUUUGAAAGCCGAGGUGGAAAGUUCCCAGAGGUAUGCUUUUUCGGUCUCCAGUACAUCCUUAAGCGGUGGCUUGUUGGACCGGUGGUGACCCAUGAGAUGAUAGAUGAAGCGAAGGCAUUUUACAAUCUGCACUUCAAAUUGGAUGUCUUCAACGAGUCCGGCUGGCGGCACAUUGUUGAUAACCAUGGCGGAUGUCUCCCUCUGCGAAUCAAAGCAGUACCCGAAGGAAAGUGUUACUCUCCUGGUGCAGACAUGGUAUCCUAUGACGAGGCCUAUAAACAGCUGAUUGCCCGUUUCCUUCACAUCACUAGUGACUCUAUGAAAGGAUUGCCGUUUAAAUUACAUGAUUUUGGCUAUAGAGGCUCAACGUCCGUAGAGGAAUCGGGUGCUGCUCAUUUAGUAAACUUCAUGGGUACUGACACCAUAGCUGGUUUGCAACUAUGUCGGAAGUAUUACUCUUGUGAGAUGGCGGGAUUCAGCAUUCCAGCCACUGAACACAGUACAAUAACAACAUGGAAACGUGAAGGCGAGGUUGCCGCAUUCCGUAAUAUGCUGCAGCAGUAUCCAAAAGGGUCUAUUUCUGUUGUAUCUGACUCUUACGACGUCUUCCAUGCGGUGUCAUCGAUAUGGGGAGAAGAGCUCCGUGAGGAAGUGAUUGAACGGGGUAAACGUGGAUGCCUCGUGAUACGACCAGACCCCAGACUC